AAGCCGCGUUCAGGCAUUUAAUGCUGUCAGUUCAUUUAAAUGUGGCAUACUUUUUGGAAAUCAUAAUUAUUUAUACCUACCUAACGUUCAGUGAGUUAAUAGUAUAGAAAUAGAAAUAAAAAUGUGGCGGAUUUUGUGUAUAUUUAUAAUUAUUUUAAAAAGUGUGGCUUGGUUUUUAAAAUGUAAAGAGUUUCAAGUUAUACCGGGUCCUAGAGGAAUAUUUAUACUUCACAAUGCAUUGGAGUUUAUGAUGGAUCCAGUGAAGCUUUUUUACUAUUUCAGGGGAUUAACAAAUACAUAUAAACGUUUGUUUAAACUACAAUUAGGACCAGUGAAAGUAAUUAUCAUCCAUAACCCGGAAGAUAUUGAGGCUGUGAUAAAUGGCACAAAGUAUAUUUCUAAAGGGUACGUUUAUAACUUCAUUAAGCCAUGGCUAAAAGAAGGCUUAAUUCUAAGCAAAGGUAAAAAGUGGCACGUAAGAAGAAAAAUGAUAACACCUGCAUUCCACUUUAAUGUUUUAAAUAAUUUUAAAUUGGUGAUAGAGAAGAAUGCCAGAAAUUUACUGAAAUUUUUGGACCGCGAAACCAAAUCACCGAAGACUGAUAUUUCUCCGCUCUUGCAUAAUUUUACUCUAAAUACGAUAUGUGAAACAGCAAUGGGCAUAACAAUAGACGAAGAAAGCACCCAAACAUACAGCGUACAAGAAUACAAACGAAGUAUUCAUAAAUUAGGACAGUAUGCAGUGUACAGAGCCCAAAGAGUAUGGUUGUACCCCGAUUUUGUGUUCAACUUAACUAAUAUAGGUCGAAAACAAAAGAAGGUCUUGCGUAUAUUAUCGUCGUUUAGAACACAAGUUGUGGAUAAAAGACGUGAACAAAACCUUGAUGGACAAGAGGAUUUUAAACAAACAAAGAAGAGUGUUGUUCUAUUGGAUAUAUUGCUACAGGCUGAGAGGGAUCGCUUAAUCGAUUCUGAAGGGAUUGGGGAAGAGGUCGACACAUUUAUGUUUGGGGGCCAUGAUACAACAUCUAUUGCAUUAACAUUCAUAUUUCUUCUACUUGCCAAUCAUCAGAAUGUUCAGGAAAAAAUCGUUGAUGAAUUAAAUAACGUAUUGAGCUCUUUCGACGGUGAUGUGACAACGGCCGAGUUAUUGCAGAUGAAAUAUAUGGAAUGUUGUAUAAAGGAGAGUUUAAGACUUUACCCUCCAAUACCAGCUAUUACCAGGAACAUUGACGUGCCACUUAAGCUUCGAGAUUAUGAAAUACCAAGUGGAACGGAGUGCGGUAUCCUGAUAUACGACUUGCAUAGGCGUUCUGAUCAAUUUGUUGAGCCUUUGGAGUUUCGACCUGAGAGAUUUCAAACUGAACCAACUUGGCAGCCCUACGGGUACAUUCCAUUCAGCGCUGGCCCUAGAAACUGUAUAGGUCAAAAAUUCGCGAUGAUGGAAAUGAAGUUGGCUGUAACGACUGUACUUCGUCGUUUUCGACUUUUACCAGUGACUACGCCUCGCGAUCUAAUCAUCACUACGGAUUACGUUUUACGUACGAAACACCCAGUUUACGUAAAAUUUCAAAAACGAUAUUGAAUUCAAAUUUAGUAUCAGCGAAGGAUUUAUACAAAAUAAACUUUUUACGGGAUAGAUUUCGAUUUCCUGUCAAAUACUAUUAAAUAGUUUUUGCUAUGCUCUCAGCUUCAACUAUCAUAAUAAGCAAGUAAAUAAAACAAUUUUUGUUGUAUAUAUAUACAUCGCAACUAAGUCAAAGUGUAGUAAUAGCUUUCCCCAGGGCUAAGUUAUUACACUUUAAGAAGUCUGGUAAUUUUUAUAAUAUCUUAUGUUAUAUCUUUAAACGAGCAAUUCUUGUAUAUAUAUAUAUAUGUAUAAAAUUGGAAUCUCGGAAUCGGCUCCAACGAUUUUCAUGAAUUUUAGUAUACGGGUGGUUUCAGGGGCGAUAAAUCGAUCUAGCUCGGAAUCAUUUCUAGACAGU